CUGUGUGUGCGUGUGGAUCUUGCCACCUGGGCAUCCCUAUAUAAGGCUCUGAACAUCAGACUGGGGACAUGAAAUCUCACUGGGAGCCAAAGAGAAGAACCCAGCAACAACAUUAGGAUUCACUUGAGUUUUCGGUGACAGCUCGACACAAUCCAGGUAAAAUGAUGAAAAGGAUUUAUACUUUCAUUGGACUUUUACUUCUCCUGUUGAUCCAGACCAGCCUGCAGAUUCCUAUCCAGGACACAGAAGAAAACUCCAGCCUUAUGUCUGACGAGACAUUAUUUAAUGAGCCGAGAGAAAUAAACAAUAUGAAGAGACAUUCAGAAGGAACCUUCUCGAACGAUUACAGUAAAUACCUGGAGACCAGACGAGCGCAGGACUUUGUUCAGUGGCUGAUGAACUCUAAGAGGAGCGGAGUUUUUUCACGACGGCACGCAGAUGGCACAUACACAAGUGAUGUCAGCUCUUAUCUACAAGACCAGGCAGCAAAAGAGUUUGUGUCCUGGCUAAAAACAGGGAGAGGAAGACGAGACUGAGAAUGACAUAAAUACUGCCAUGAUAACUGUGACAUUUUACGAUAUAGCGUUUUAUAAAGAUCUGUGCUGUCAGUUUCCUUGGAUUAUGCAAAUAAAACUUUCUUCAAGUGAAGCAAAA